AUGCCCAUCUCUUGGUUGUUCUCUUUUGUCAGCUGUGUGUUGUUACUCAUCACUUCUAUCGCCCUCCUAGUUAACUAUGGUUCCGGUGUUGGUCCUCUUCUGUUCUCAUCCGGCUUGCGAUUAGCUUCUAGUGGAUCGAGUAGCCUCUGCACUAUUCAGGCUCUUAGUUCUUUAGGCAAUAGCGGUUCCAGGUGGCAAACAGUGUUAAUCGUAGUUAGUGAAAGCGGGCCUGAAUUUGACCAUAAUUCUUUUAGUUGCAUUAAGAGUAUUCGACUGCAGCACGAUACGUAA